GUGAACACCGAAAGCACGAACGACCAACAGGCAACGCCAAACAGUUGCCCAUAUCAUGGACUACUCCAGCGUGCCCCCAGAAGUCCACCAGAAGCUCGCAGAUCUCGAACUUGAACUCGAAGAAGGCGAUAUCACACAGAAAGGCUACGAAAAGAGGAAAGCAAAGCUACUAGAGCCAUACCAAUCUGGCGGCGGCAACAGUUUUCACUCGGAAUCAAGUUUGUUGAGUGCGGAAGCGAGGAAUGUGCAAGCUGUUUCACCUGCGCCGAAUUUUCAACAAGAACUCGCGCAUACAGGUCAGUCUCUUCUGUGGAUGAUUUUUCAGUGGCGGAUCCCCAAGGAUUGUCAAUCUAGGGGCGUGCGUUAG